AUGCUGGCAGGUUUUGUUGACCCUAAGAAUUUGUAUCAACACAUAUUUUCGAGUCACAAACAGUACAUGGUACAUUCUUUUUCUUGUUGUUUUACUGUAUAUUUUCAUUCCUUCUCUUUUUUUUCAAUUCAGGUGAAAUUUUCAGAAUCAAUCGUUUCACCCGAUUUGUUACAUUUUGUACAAAACUCAGACCAAUUUUUUAAACGAGCAAAUUCAGAAAAAAAAAACAAAAACAAAAACAAGACAACAAACGACCACAGACAUGCCCAGUCGUUUCUUCUUCUUGAUUACUAUUAUUUGGAACUUCAAGAACUGACACUGUUGACACUCUUCAAUGUAUACAGUCUCCCAACACAAAUACUCCACAAAACACACUCUGUCACAUCCAAAAUGGCCUCUUCCGAAAAACAAUCUCACUCUUCUACAUCCUUCGAGACUCAACGUGACCAAUUGGUGCAGGAAAUCGCCUUGGCCAUGGACUCAGUGGUGUACAACCUCGAAACACUCAAUCGUUCUCUCGCCGAUUCAGUUCUGGUUGGAAAGGAUUUUGAAGGCGUGGCCAGCUUGUGGAGUACAUUCUACGAUGGUGCUCGCACAAAACGAGAUUUAGGUGUUGAUGCUGCUCCAGCUGACGAGCAACAGGAGAAAUAA